GUCAAAUUAGUGUUUUAUGUUUUCGUUUCGACUAGUCAUCUUUUACAAGGGAGAAAUUGAAUUUUUUUAAUUCAUACUCCAAAUAUAUCGUUAAUAAUGACUCAAGUAGAAGUUGAUAGAGAAAAAAUCCUUCAGGAUUAUCGAAAGAAACUCCUGGAGCAUAAAGAAGUCGAAUCUCGUUUGAAAGAAAUGAGAGAACAACUCAAAGAUCUCACUAAACAGUAUGAUAAAUCUGAGAAUGAUUUGAAAGCCCUCCAAAGUAUGGGACAAAUAGUCGGAGAAGUUCUUAAGCAGCUAACGGAAGAAAAAUUUAUUGUUAAGGCUACAAAUGGGCCAAGAUACGUUGUUGGUUGUCGCAGACAAUUGGACAAGGCAAAGCUCAAAGCAGGAACUAGAGUAGCUUUGGAUAUGACCACAUUAACGAUUAUGAGGUACUUACCAAGAGAAGUAGAUCCUCUAGUUUACAAUAUGAGUCACGAGGAUCCUGGAGAUGUUACAUAUUCAGCGAUCGGUGGUUUAUCCGAUCAAAUUAGAGAACUUAGGGAGGUUAUAGAAUUGCCUCUACUUAACCCCGAAUUAUUCAUGAGAGUAGGUAUAACCCCACCAAAAGGUUGCCUUCUUUACGGUCCUCCGGGAACUGGUAAAACUCUGCUAGCCAGAGCGGUAGCAUCUCAACUUGAUGCAAAUUUCUUGAAAGUUGUGUCCAGUGCAAUUGUAGAUAAAUAUAUUGGAGAAUCUGCCAGAUUGAUCCGUGAAAUGUUCAAUUAUGCCAAAGAUCAUCAGCCUUGUAUUAUUUUUAUGGACGAGAUUGAUGCUAUUGGUGGAAGGAGAUUCUCUGAAGGUACAUCAGCUGACAGAGAAAUUCAACGUACUUUGAUGGAAUUGCUAAAUCAAAUGGAUGGUUUCGAUUCAUUAGGACAGGUCAAAAUGAUAAUGGCUACCAACAGGCCAGACACAUUGGAUCCUGCUCUUUUAAGACCUGGUCGUCUUGAUAGAAAAAUCGAAAUACCCUUGCCUAACGAACAAGCCCGUCUUGAGAUCUUGAAAAUUCAUGCCGGACCUAUUGCUAAACAUGGAGAAAUUGAUUAUGAAGCUAUUGUCAAACUUUCAGAUUCUUUCAAUGGUGCUGAUUUGAGGAAUGUUUGUACUGAAGCUGGCCUCUUUGCGAUCAGAUCCGAAAGGGAGUAUGUUAUUCAAGAAGAUUUCAUGAAAGCAGUUAGGAAAGUUGCCGAUAAUAAGAAACUCGAAAGUAAGCUUGAUUAUAAACCUGUUUGAAUUGAUUUUCCUAAAUUAUUCAUAAUUAAGGUUUACAUUAUAAAAGAUUUGUGAUUAAUGUUUUGAAUAAAAUACGGUCAAGAUUCUA